GCACCUGCUCACCCUUACGUUCCAUAGGAGCCACGCCUCCCCACCCACUUCGAUGCUCCUCAAGGAGCACGAGAUCUGGGCUCCCCUGAGGAGCUUGGGGGAGCAGAGUGCGAGUGAAGGGAGAUCUGGUUGGAGUCAGAUUUGGUGUUUCUCUAUUGGAGUUAGAUUUAGUUGACUGCGGAAAGAAGAAGGACACAAACACAGCUCAUCAAAGUAUAUAAACUUAGAAGGAAAGCAAAAACCCUUUACCAAUAUCAGCAGCCUCCGCGAUAACGAUGCAAGGAGGCAAGCGGAGGAGCAAAUUAAGAGAUUGGCGAAGGAUCCGCAAGUGGUCCCGGCUCUGGUUCAUCACCUCCGCACCGCUAAGACCCCCAACGUCCGCCAGCUCGCCGCCGUCCUCCUCCGUAAGAAGAUCACUGGACACUGGGCUAAGCUUGCUCAUCAGGUUAAGCAACUUGUCAAGCAGUCCCUCAUUGAAAGUAUCACAAUGGAACACAGUGCACCAGUGCGGCGAGCCAGCGCCAAUGUUGUGAGUAUAAUUGCGAAAUACGCGGUUCCAGCUGGAGAGUGGCCUGAUCUUCUGUCGUUUCUGUUUCAGUGUAGUCAGAGUCCGCAGGAGGAUCAUCGAGAAGUGGCAUUGAUCCUUUUCAGCUCUUUGACUGAAACAAUUGGGAGCACUUUUAGACCACAUUUUGCAGAGUUGCAAGCACUUUUACUCAAGUGCUUGCAGGAUGAGACAAGCAAUCGUGUCAGAGUUGCUGCUCUUAAGGCAGUGGGGUCUUUUCUUGAAUUCACAAACGAUGGGGCUGAAGUGGUUAAGUUUCGGGAGUUCAUUCCUAGCAUUUUAAAUGUAUCAAGACAAUGCCUUGCUGCUGGUGAGGAGGAUGUUGCUAUUAUUGCAUUUGAAAUUUUUGAUGAACUUAUUGAGUCUCCUGCACCGCUUCUUGGGGAUUCUGUUAAAUCCAUUGUACAGUUCUCCCUUGAAGUUAGCUCGAGCCAGAAUUUGGAAUCAAACACUCGCCACCAGGCUAUUCAAAUAAUUUCGUGGCUUGCUAAGUACAAAGCCAAUUCCCUAAAAAAGCAGAAGCUGGUCACACCUAUUCUGCAAGUAAUGUGCCCUUUGCUCGCAGAAUCAUCCAAUGUUGAUGAAGAUGAUGAUCUUGCUCCUGAUCGAGCUGCUGCAGAAGUUAUUGACACAAUGGCCUUGAAUCUCUCAAAGCAUGUCUUUCCCCUUGUUUUUGAGUUUGCUUCUCUAAGCAGUCAGAAUGCAAAUCCUAAGUUUAGGGAGGCUGCUGUCACAGCUUUAGGUGUUGUUUCAGAGGGUUGUGCAGAGUUGAUGAAGGAUAAGUUGGAACCUGUUCUUCAAAUUGUCUUAGGGGCAAUGAGGGACCCAGAGCAAAUGGUUAGAGGGGCUGCCUCUUUCGCAUUGGGCCAAUUUGCAGAACAUUUGCAGCCUGAAAUUAUAUCUCAUUAUGCAAGUGUUCUUCCCUGCAUUCUCAAUGCUCUGGAGGAUGUGUCUGAUGAAGUCAAGGAAAAGUCAUAUUAUGCUUUGGCAGCAUUUUGUGAAGAUAUGGGCAUGGAAAUCCUACCUUUUCUUGACCCCUUAAUGGGAAAGCUACUGGCUGCCCUCCAAAAUAGUUCCCGUAAUUUGCAAGAAACGUGCAUGUCUGCAAUUGGUUCUGUUGCAGCUGCUGCAGAGCAAGCUUUCAUUCCAUAUGCUGAAAGGGUUCUGGAGUUGAUGAAAGGAUUUAUGGUGCUUACCAAUGAUGAGGAUUUGCGUGCUCGGGCUAGAGCUACAGAGCUUGUUGGAAUUGUUGCAAUGUCUGUUGGAAGAACAAGGAUAGAGCCAAUUUUACCUGCUUUCGUAGAAGCUGCAAUUUCUGGUUUUGGAUUAGAAUUCAGUGAGCUUCGGGAGUACACUCAUGGAUUCUUCAGUAAUGUUGCAGAAAUUAUGGAUGACGGCUUUGUGAAGUACCUUCCUCAUGUUGUACCCCUGGCAUUUUCAUCCUGCAACCUCGAUGAUGGGUCUGCGGUGGACAUUGAUGAGUCUGAUGAUGAGAAUAUUAAUGGUUUUGGCGAAGUUUCAUCGGAUGAUGAAGCUCAUGAUGAACCAAGAGUUAGGAAUAUCAGUAUCAGAACAGGUGUAUUGGAUGAAAAGGCAGCUGCAACUCAAGCUCUUGGCUUAUUUGCCCAGCAUACAAAACGUUCUUAUGCUCCCUAUUUGGAGGAAUCACUGAAGAUUUUGGUGAGACAUUCAGGGUAUUUCCAUGAAGAUGUUCGGCUUCAGGCAAUCAUUGCUUUGAAACAUAUUUUGACAGCAGCACAUGCAAUCUUGCAGUGUCAAAAUGAUGGGUCAAUGAAGGCAAAUGAAGUUCUUGAUACGGUGAUGAAUAUCUAUAUCAAGACUAUGACUGAAGAUGAUGACAAGGAAGUUGUUGCCCAAGCUUGUAUGAGCAUAGCUGAUAUAAUUAAGGAUUAUGGGUAUAUGGCUCUAGAGCCUUAUAUGUCUCAGCUUGUUGACGCAACUUUGACAUUGCUUAGAGAGGAAUCAUCUUGUCAGCAAUUGGAGAAUGGGAGUGAUAUUGAUGAUGUUGAUGAUGCUGAACAUGAUGAAAUUCUUAUGGAUGCAGCUUCUGACCUUUUACCUGCAUUUGCUAAGUCAAUGGGUUCUGACUUUGCACCUAUAUUUGCAAAACUAUUUGAACCUCUGAUGAAAUUUGCGAGAGCUUCACGCCCUCCACAAGAUCGAACUAUGGUGGUUGCUUGUCUUGCUGAAGUUGCGCAGGAUAUGGGUGCUCCAAUUGCAAGCUAUGUUGAUAGACUGAUGCCCUUGGUGCUUAAAGAACUAGCAUCGUCAUCAGCAACAAACAGAAGGAAUGCUGCAUUUUGUGCCGGAGAGCUUUCCAAAAAUGGGGGAGAGUCAACUUUGAAAUAUUACAAUGAUAUACUGCGAGGGCUUUACCCCUUAUUUGGGGAUUCUGAGCCAGAUGAUGCUGUCAGGGAUAAUGCUGCUGGUGCUGUUGCAAGGAUGAUAAUGGUGCACCCACAAUCCAUCCCAUUGAACCAGGUUCUUCCUGUCUUUUUGAGAGUUCUUCCAUUAAAAGAAGAUCAUGAGGAGUCCAUGGCUGUUUAUAAUUGUGUCUCUAUGCUUGUUUUAUCAUCCAAUCCCCAGAUACUCUCUCUUGUUCCUGAGUUGGUAAAUAUUUUUGCUCAAGUUCUGGUGUCUCCAGAAGAAACUUCGGAAGUUAAAGCUCAACUGAUAUCUGAUCACUUGAGCUCUAAAUGUUUCUUUGACAAAGAAAAAGGUCUAUCCCUAUUUUUCGCUGAGAGAGGUAUUUUUGUCCUACUCCUUCCAGUGCUGCCUCCAUUUUCCGGCUUGGAGAUGCUGCUUGUCCUUUUUCCUUUGAUGAGCAUACUUGUGUGUGCAUCUGCAUCGGCGAUUGCAUGCAUGAGAAUGGAGCUUUUAUCACAACAUGAAUAGAAGAUACAGUUUUUUGUUGAAAGUAUUUAAAUGAAUCGGGUGGUUGAGUCAAUAAUUUGUUACAGAUAACUGUCUUCUUUCUUUCUGUUUGUGGGGUUUUUUCAAUAAUUUUUCUUUUAUCUUGCAAGAAAAAUGUUAGUAAUGCAUGAAUAUUCAUAAAUCUUUUAUGCAUAUGCCAAUAUAUGUCAGACUCUAUUUUAUUCAAAGUACUAU